UCUUUUUUUGCCUAAUGUUUGAAAUAUGUUUUAUAAACAAACCCCUGAUGAAAAGAACUCCUAGUAAUGAAUUCAAUGGGAUUUAUUUUAUAAAUAUGGCCAUAUUUGGGAUGAGCAGGUUCCUUUCUUAAGGCUAUAAUUGAACAUUUUGGUCACUACUUCAAUUCCCUUAUUUUUGUGUCAUUUUUACCAUUUUGGUGUCUUAUUCUCCUAUCGUUUAGAAAGUUGUAAUAAGAAAGAAUAAAUAUAUGCAUUCAACCUAUUAUGUAAAUAUUUAACCUAUUAUGAUUAAUCAUUCAAAAACACAAGUGUGUUGUUUAAAAAUCGAAAGUUUAGUUUUUUAUGGAAUUUUACACGAAAGGAAUUUCUUGAUGCGCCAUCUAGCGGUGAUGUCGUGCUGCUGCUGAAAAUAUAUUCUCACAUUCUGGUCUAUUAAUACCAAGAAGCCACCGUGUGUCAGGUCACGCUUCGUUCAUGAAAGGACAUGCGGUCGUUUUUAUGAACAGAAAUUAUGAUCAAUUGUGAGCACUAUCUAUCUCAGAUAUCCAGUUUUUGGGGGAUAAAUUAUUAUAUUCUUAAAGUACAGCCUGCACAACAACAUAGGAAUUUAAAGUCCCCAGUUACACCACUCUGAGACACUACCACACUCCUGUUGGAAUGUCCCGGGACACCUUUGCCUUCACCUCUGCCUCUCUGCGCUCUUUAAGGCUGGAACAAGAGCUUCAGGAUUGGGAGGAUGCCAGACGGGCACUGGCACACAGGAGAGCCAUGACCAGACCACCGCUUCCUGCCGCCCCCAGACUCCGGCAUGGAAAUGAGAGGAUCCAGACCAUCCGUGCACCUCCACCUCAAAUACAGUGCAGAGAUCCAGCCAUCCAUAACAUCUUCAUGUGUGGAGACAUGAAGAGAGUGUACGCUGUGCUUAGAGACCCAGGCAUGGUCAACGCAUUGAUGGAGACAGUUCAUGAAGAGAUGGCGUGGGCCCCGGAGAUGGGAAUGUGGACUCUUAUCUCAAAGGUGAAGCAGACAUCUGCACUGCGUCUAGCUGCCAGCAGGGGGCACUCUGGCUGUGUUGAGGAACUGCUGUUUAGGGGAGUUGAGGUGAAUGCAGACCCAGGUGGGCGAACAGCUUUACACGACGGUUGCUCGGGUGGCCAUCAUGUCUGCGUGCACCUGCUCCUGGACCACGGGGCCGACCCAGACGUGCUGUCUGUUGAUGGCAAUGCCCCGUUGCACCUCUGCAAUGCAGUGGAAACAUAUCAGUGUGCAGAGCACUUGGUGACCAAUGGUGCGCUUGUAAAUGUGACCCAGAAGGACACAUGUAUCACCCCCCUUCAUGUGGCCUGCAGAAGAGGGCUGGAGGACCACGUCGAGCUCUACUUGUCUUACGGAGGGGACGUGAUGGCUCAGAGCCAAGAAGGUGAAACGCCCCUAAAUGCUGCCUGUGCCGGGGCAGAAAGGCCAGCAGAUGCAGGGCGGUACCUGCGUAUUGUCCAGAGACUGUUGGCGGCUGGGGCUAACGCACAGACUGCCGGAAAAAAGAAGCACACGGCCCUGCAUAACGCCUGUGGAAACUGUUCUCCACGGAUAGUUGAAAUACUGCUAAAACACGGGGCCCAAGCAGAUGUAGCUAACUGUGCUGGAUACACACCCAUGGACUGCCUGCUGCAGGUAAUAGAGGAUUACCCAGACCAGCAGCCAAACCUUGUAGCUCGAUUGCUUCUCAACUAUGGAGCACAGCCUGCUUCAACUAGAAUGCUGAAACUCUGCCUUCUCUCUCCUGACGCUCUGGAGGUGAUGCUGAAUUGUUAUGCAGUGGUGCCAGCAUGUGAUGAGUGGUUUGAGGACAUCCCUGAGGAACUACAAAAGGAACAUCAGUGUUUUUUGGACACGGUCAGACAAAUGAGCGGUCAGCCGCGCUCUCUUCAGCACCUGUGCCGCUGUGCGCUCCGCCGCCACCUGGGGUCGCUGUGUCACUUUUCUAUACAACACCUUGACAUCCCCUGCGCUUUAAAAGAUUAUCUGCUGCUGCAAAAUGAUGGACAACUCCGGUGAAAGAAAUGUGAUUUACCUCAAAUACUUUUCUAAACAAGCUAUCAUAUCAUCACAUGCAAAGAUGUCCCAUGCGUUGCAAUGUUGUUAUUUUGCUGUUUGAUUCAAGUAGUGGUCGCUGCAGCCCGGAGAACGGCAGGUGGGAGGAGUAAACGCCAUACACUGCAUGUGGGAGGAGCUUAGCCCGCUAGAGUCAGUAAUGAAACACUAUAUAAGAAAUUACAUUUUCAUCUGUGUUUAAAGUUUUGUUUUAUCACAAAUGCAUCAAAUUAAUAUACAAUAAUACGAGUUCAUUGCAACGAGAAGUUAUGGCCAGCAUGGCAUAAUAAAACUUUCAAAAAAUAAACAUUCAGCAACCACAAUUUCUCCAAACCACUGCGGGCGCUGCAGUUUCUAUUUACGUUACCAAUUAUCAAACUGAUUAUUCACUGCUGUUCUGACAUUGUGUGUUACCAUCAGAUUGUGCUGCCACUUCAGUGAGUUAGGUUUUGGGGAGGGCUAAGUCUUGUAUUUUUAUACAAAAUAUUCCAAGCCACCAACUGUUGUAUGUGGAUAUUGAGAUAUGCCCAGCAGGGGGCAGUAAUUGUGUUUUAGGCAUUGUUAAAGGCUGUGAAGAAGCGUAAGUGUGUUGCGCCAUUGAAUGCUUUUGUGUGCAUGUCUGAAACUGUGAUGGGUCCUCAAUAAAGUGACCAUCAUGGCC